AUGGCUCCAAGAAGGAGAAUGAUUGUAAAAGAAAGGAAAACAAGUACUAAUAUGACAACAGGAAGAACACCUCUGAGUAAACCACACUUCUUUAAGCCAGUCCUUCCAGGAUUUGAGCAUGAGCAGUCAAUUCCGGCUUCAUUUGUCAAGUACUUGAAAGGACAAAAGUGUGAGAAAGCCGUGUUGAGAAGCCUCGCUGGGAAGCUUUGGCAUGUGAAGGUCAAUGGUUGGCGGUUUGAAAAUGGCUGGGAAGAGUUUGUUCGUGAUCAUGACUUGCAUGUUGGUGAUUUCUUGGUGUUUAGACGUGAAAAAAGAGAUAUGGUGUUUGAUGUCAUCGUGUCCGACCCAAGUUCCUGCCAGAGAGAAUAUCUUUCUUUUAAUGUUAAGGAGGAGAUAGAAACACCAGAAGCAGAAGAAGCGGCAAAAGAAUCUGGUCCUGGAGAUGUAAUAGAGAGUAAGCAAGUGAAGACAACUUGGAAGGAAAAGCUGGCAAAUGACCUGAAAAAUAGAAGUUGCAAGAUUGUUCUUAUGGAUCAAGAAGCAAGGGCAUGGCCAGCUAAGUUGGGGCACAAGAAGUCAGAUGGUCAAGUCUAUAUUGGACAGGGUUGGUCUGCCUUCUGCGUUGCUAAUCACCUUAAGGCAGGAGAUUCUUUCCUGUUUGAGCUCAUUAAAAAGGGGAGAUGGCCAAUUUUGCAAAUGUGUAGUUUGAAAGAAAAUCCUAAGACCAGAAAUGAGGAGGAGACUGAUAAUGCCGCAGAAUCUGGUUGUUUUUCAAGCACACAUCCCUGCUUCUAUGUCACCAAAAUUCCGAGAAAUUUUGCUAGGAUGAAUCGUCUAUCUAGGAAAUGUUUCAAGAUGAUCCUUACAAAUGAAAAAGGAAGUUCACGGGUAGUGUUGGUUGGGAAAAGCAAGAGCGGUGAUGUUGCUAUAGGACGUGGUUGGAAUGCAUUCGCCAAGGAAAAUGGCCUAAGAGAGGGAUACGUCAUCAUGUUAGAACUCGUUAAAGGUGGAGUGAAGCCUGUGAUGAAAAUUUAUGGUAACUUCAUUCCCUGCUUUAUCAAACUUAUAGUUUUUGGUUUAAAUCUAACAACAGAAUUUAGCAGAAAAGCAUUCUGA